AUGGGUGGUUCUGGAGAGAAGUCAAACCAGGAAGACUCACCCAAAUCUUCACCUUCUGACACAGUAAAUGAGUCGUUGCUGAUUAAAUCAUUGAAGAUCAAGAAGGGCAGCAAAUUUUCUCCAAAAAAAAGCCAAAAAACAAGAACGAAAACAAAACCAAAACCUCACCUAAAAACUAUCAUUGAUUCAGCUGUAUCAAAGAAAAAAGUUACUCCUAAGAAGGGCAUUGGGAAUGGCUCUACCAGUAGAAAAUUGAUUCAUAGGAAAAUUCUGCAUAAAGCACUUGAUAAGAAAGCCUCAAGGAAGGGGUCUUCUUCAGAGCUACAAGGCAAACAAUUAUCAACUAUUGAUUCUGAGAGGAAUGGAAAAAAUGCUGAUGAAGGUACGAUUGAAAAACACAAGAAGAGGAAGCCUAAGAAAAGGGAAAAGGACAAGGUAAAGCUAGAUGAACCAGCACGCUUGCAGAGGAGAGCAAGGUACUUGAUGAUUAAAAUGAAGCUGGAGCAGAAUCUUAUAGAUGCUUACUCUGGAGAAGGCUGGAAAGGUCAAAGUCGAGAGAAGAUCAGGCCAGAAAAGGAACUACUGAGAGCAAGGAAGGAGAUUUUGAAGUGUAAACUUGGAUUACGCGAUAUAAUUCGGCACGUGGAUUCACUUAGUACAGUUGGAUGUAUUGAAGACACAGUUAUGGCUCCAGAUGGAUCUGUUUCCCAUGAACAUAUAUUCUGUGCGAAGUGCAAAUUGAAUGAAGUUUCCCCAGAUAAUGAUAUUGUACUCUGUGAUGGGACAUGCAACUGUGCCUUCCACCAAAAAUGCCUCGAUCCUCCUUUGGAUACUGAAAACAUACCUCCAGGAGAUCAGGGAUGGUUUUGUAAGUACUGUGAGUGCAGGAUAGAAAUUAUAGAAGCUAUGAAUGCUCAUUUGGGGACCCACUUCCCAGACGACAGCAGCUGGCAGGAUAUUUUCACAGAAGAAGCAGCAACUCAAGAUGGUGGAAAUAUGCUAUUAAAUCCAGAAGAAGAAUGGCCUUCUGAUGAUUCUGAAGAUGGUGAUUACGAUCCAGAGAGGAGAGAGAACAUCAUGAGUGGAGCAGGUACUGAUGAUGAUGCAUCUGAUGACACCAGCAAUUCAACCAGCUUGGGUUGGUCUUCAGAUGGUGAGGUUUUUUCGGGGUCCAGGAGAUGGGAGAUGGAUGGCUUGGACUUCAGAAACAACUCUAUGUAUAGCAGUUUAGAUUCUGAUGAAACCAGUGAUGGGGAAAUUAUUUGUGGCCGUAGGCAGAGAAGAGCAGUUGACUAUAAGAAGCUAUAUGAUGAGAUGUUUGGAAAGGAUGCUCCUGUACAUGAGCAAGCCAGCGAAGAUGAAGAUUGGGGUCCUGGCAAAAGAAAGCGACGAGAGAAGGAGUCAGAUGCAAAACUUCGCCAAGUAUUUGCAGAGAAUGAACUUCCAUCUAGAUCUGUCAAGGAGAAUCUGUCAAAAGAAUUGGGCCUUGAACCUGGGAAGGUUACCAAAUGGUUCAAGAAUUCCCGUUAUUUAGCUCUAAAGUCCCGAAAGGUUGAGAAAGGAGAACAACUUCAUUAUUCUAGUUCCAAAGUCUCUGCCGAACCUACAUUAAAUGUCAUGAAAGACAAAACUGCUGAUAUUUCACCAUUGAAGGAUAAUACCCGGGCAGAAACUGGGGUAUGUAUCCCAAAGAAUCUGAAAAGGAUCAUUCAGAGGAAGAAGCCGAAGUCAAUGAAUGUUGAGAACAGCGAUGAUGUGAGCUUGAAGAAGCUGUUAAAAGCAAAACCAAAGGGAGUAAAGAAAAAGGUUAAUCUUGUUUCAACAGAGGCUGAAUCUAAUAUGGAGAGACUCUGUAGAGCGAAGGCUAGAGUAGAGAAGAUGAAGCAGAAACUGGUGAAACUAGCAAAUGACAAAGCUAGCAAGUCAUCCAAAACCUGUCUGCUUGACGAGUCUGUUGUUUGCGUUCCCAUUGCUGAGCUAAGGGAAACAGAUUGA